GUAGUUAGUCUUUACCAGCAGUCGUGGUUUAAUCAAUUAGUAAUACAGAGGAAUCAUUAACUAGGAGAAAAUGUCAAGUCUAAGAAUGAAAGAGGCAGCCCUUAUCUAUCUUGAUAGAAGUGGAGGCCUUCAGAAGUUUAUUGAUGAUUGCAAAUAUUACAAUGAUUCAAAACAAAGUUAUGCUGUCUAUCGAUUCAAUAUUUUAAUAAAUCCCUCUGAUGUUGUUGAAUUAGAUGCUGAACUAGGAAAUCACAUUUUACACCAGCCUUUAAAAGCUGCUCAAGUAUUUCAAUCAGUAAGUUAAAAAGAAAGAAGUAAUUUUAUGCCACAUGAAAUUUUUCAUAACUUUUUUGUUUGUUUGAAAUUACAGGUCUGUUUUACUGCUGUUAAAACUCUCUCAUUAAUUGGACAAUUACAAACUGAAACCCAAAUUAAUAUAGUGCUGAAGUUAACACAUUUACCUCCUCUGCCAAGUUAUAGUCUUGAUCUUUGUGAGUUUCCACUUGAUUAUACAUCUCAAAGGUUUUUUAUGAUGCAAGGAAUAGUGAUUGCAGUGACAACUGUAACCAAGUAUACGCAAGGUGCAAGAUUUCUUUGUUCAGAUGAAGCAUGCCCUCUUUCAAAAGGAUUUCAGUACAUAAGAGUGCAUAUGCCUGGUGCUACAGAAUCUGCAACAGUAAGGAACGACUUUUUGUGUAAUCUAUGUUCAUCUUCACUUCAAGAAGACAGAAAAUUCAGAGUACUUGGUGAUAAACAGAUAGUUGAAAUUAUUACUGCAAAGGCACUUCAUGCCUUUCAAGGAUAUUCUAACAAUCAGCCAUUUAGGUUUCAAUCUCUUACUAUUUUCCUAAGAGAUGAAUCAGUGAAUAAAAUGAGUAUAGGAAAUGAGUAUAAAAUUAUUGGAAUUCCAGCCUGUGUAAAAACCUCACAAACUUCUGUUUGUAUGGAGGCAAAUAGCAUCACUUUUUGUAAUCCAAAAGUACCUUCAGGACCUGAAAUUAGCGACAAUUUCAGGUAUCUCCUUACUUUGACUUCCAGCUCAUACUGGAAGUUUGCAGCAAUACUUGCCAAUAUCUUUGCAUCACAAAUUGUUCCUCUUGGGACUUAUAAUUUGCUCAAGCUCUGUUUGCUGAUGAGUCUAGUACAGACAAGUAACCAUAAUAAGGAGCUGGAAGAUUACCUGGAUAUUUUAAUCAUAACAAGUGAUACUCUACUUGUAGACAGGCUUUUGAAUUUUAGUAUAAACCUUGUGCCCCGUGGUAUACGUCAUCCAGUCUCUACUGAAAUUUUUCCUACUCUGUCCAGGAAUAAGUAUGGAACUGGAGCAGUUAGCAUUCAAGCUGGCAGUGCUUUGCUAGCUAAAGGUGGUAUCUGCUUUAUAGGAGACUUGGCUUCACACAAAAAAGAUAAACUUGAACAGCUUCAAUCAGUUGUAGAAAGCAGAAGCAUCACAGUGCACAUCCCAGGAAAGAAGUAUGGGGAUGAUAUUGAUCAACAAAUGACUUUUCCAGUUCAGUGCAGUUUUUGGACUUUUGUUGAUAUGGAUUCAUCUUCAAGGAGGAAUAUGCAGAAAACCAACACUCUAAUUGGUCAGAUGGAUUACAGUUUGAUUCCAGUUAAUCUUGUAGAGACAUUUGGGUUGUUGAUUAACUGCAAUGAAUCAUCUCCUUGUCACUCAUUUCUUCCUACUGUGCAACACACUUUAAAGAAAGCCAUUGAGCCUGAAGGGCUGCUUCAUGUAGCUUCUAAGCAGUUCACAACUAAUGAUUUUGAAAAGCUGCUGGCCUUUGCAAAGAAUUUGAAUGUAGAAUUCAGCUUGGAGGCAGAAAGAAUGAUACAUGGCUAUUACCUAGCAAGUCGCAGAAUCAGAACAGAUUCUAUAUAUGGAUCAAAAUUAUCAGCAUCUGCAUUAAAAUAUUUAAUUUCCCUGUCUGAAGCCCAUGCUCGACUGAACUUAAGAAAGAAAGUGCUUAAAGAAGAUGUACUAAUUGCAGCUUUAUUAUUUGAAACAUCUCUCACAUUGAAAUAUGGGGCCACUGUAUUUUGUGUUGCUCCAAAUGCAGUAUUUCCAUUUGAACUGUACAAUGAAGAAUAUUUAGAGCAAAGGGACAUCUAUCUGACUCAAUGCCAGCAAGAACUUCAACAGUUUAUUGCCACAUAUGGACCUGGGACAGCUAUUUUCACUAGUGAUGAAUAAGCAAUAUGAAGAAAAUGUCUUUCUACUUAAGCAGUGGAAAUGUUAGUGGUUUUGAAGUAAUGCUUCAUUCAGCUAAUACUGUGUAUAGUAGUAUGUUAGAAUGCCAUCCUAAAAAAUGUAAAAUGUUUUCUUAAAAUUAAUUGCUAAUGGAAUAAACACUAAUCCAAAGCUCAGAGCAAAUAGAAAUUUCAAAUUUAGAAUCCUAUUACAAAAACCUCUGGCUAGCCCAGUACAUGUGGUCAACAUGGUCACUGGAUAAAAAAAUAUGAAUGCGGUAAACUAGUCAGUGUAAAAAAUGGUAGCUUUUAUGUAGUUCCCCUACACUUGUCACAAGAUGGCAAUUACAUUUUAACAAAUCAUUUUAAACCGUUUUUUUGCACUUGUGACUUUGACAGAUUAUUAAUUUAUAUAACCAGAGCCUCAAAUUUAAGGACUCUUCAUAUUUUACUAGAUAUUGGCACAUCCAUUAUAUAGAUAGUUAUUAUUUAGGAAGUCCGAAAUAUGGAAUCAGGAGAAGCCUUGGAAAAUUUUCCCUUUUAUAAAGCCAUGUUAAAUGAACACACAUAAUUUACAUCAAAUCAAAGAAUAAUAAUAAGUGAGUCUUUAUUAUAAGAAAAGUACUGUUUGCAUUUUUGGACGGAAGGUAACUGCUCUGAAAAGACAGGACAUCAUGAGAAAACAUGCCGCCUUAUAAAAUCCCAAAAUGUUUUCAUUCUUUAAAGCUUCAAGAUUUCUACUAAAAGGAAAAUAUCGUGUAAUUGCCACUUUAUUAGCCAACAUACUACCAUGCACUGAUUCUUUAGAAAUUGGUAGAGCUCUUAACCAUAAAGGUGGGGAGGUCUCUCUCUACAGGGUUUUGCCAGAUCACUGCCUUCCUGGUCAUUCACUUAACAGUAUUUUUUGAACAUCCACUAGUGCCAGAGAUUAUGCAGUUAAGUCUUCAUAUUUACAUACAAUUGUAUAUUGUCAAGACCUUAUUUUGCGGCAUCCUCAUUACUACAUUUCAUGUUUCUGGUUCUGUUUGGGAUGAAAGCAAAACACAUUUGUUUUAUUAAAGCUAGGAUCCAUAAAAUGGAACCAUUUUACAAUUGUAGUGUUAAGGUUCUAUUGAUGAAACGAGGACUGGUAUCACUGGGGGGUAAAAUGGUUUUCAAGUGUUGCCUCGGACAAGAACGAUUAUAGAGAUGUUGCUGUAUAUGUCUUAUACUGUUUGAUUUACCAUGUUGAAAUUAUAAUCCUGAUAAACGGAGGGAAUUUAUAUGCUGUGGGACUCAACAGGAAAGCAAGAUUUAGCUCUAUUUAAAGUCUUCACCCAGGUAGGAACUGUUUAGAAUUCUUUUAAAUUCUCAAGUCCUGGAUAGACUGGACUGUCCAGUCACUAUUUUCCUUAAUACAGCAUAUUGUUAUUGCUUAUUAACUAAGAUUAGGAUUACUUUUUUGUUUACAGAGGUAAAAGCAAACUGAUGAAAUUUAAAUUAAAAAAAAUUUAUGUCACAAGUGAAACCUCUACUUUUACAAGGCAAUUAAGGAGUUAGGAGAUGCUAACUAUAGUUGGCCCUGGAACAAGGGGAUUAGGAGCUUAAUCCCCCCUCCUCCCAUGUAAUUGGAAAUCUCCAUGUAACUUUUGACUCUCCAAACAACCUACUGUUGACCAGAAGCCUUACUGGUAACACAGUUGAUUAACACAUUUUGUAUGCUAUUAUAUAUGGUAUUCUUGUAAUAAAAGAAGAUAAAAAUUUUUUCCAAGUUGUCACAUAUCUCUCAAAAUCUUCCAGUAGAUUUACUGGAAAAAAAAUAACAUCUGCUUAUAAUUGGACUUGCACAGUUCAAAUUUCAGGUUUAACAACAGGUUAUGCAGGGAGGCCCAUAUAGUUAUCUGGUGUUCAAUGAUUAGGGCCUCUGCAGAACCCUGCUAAGGAAAGAAAAAGGGUAUGAGAACUGGAAGUACUAGAAAUGUCUCCCCAGCUGCUUAUCCACCUACCUCAUACAGAAAUCACUAUCCACAAAUGAGCUAGUUAUUGACAAGAGCAUAGUCUCCCUGAAAUGUGUUUAAAGAAAGUCUGAACUAGUGGCUAUGAGAACAGAGAUGUUUAAAGAUUUGAUAUAUUUUAAAGGGAACACUUUAUUGCGCAGCAAUUAAAAGUAUUCAGACAUGUAUUUUUCUACAUAAUUUAUUGUGAGAUUACCAAUGUUAAAUAAAAUGUUAAUUUUCA